AUGGGGCUGCCGCACUCCCGCGACAUCGAGGUCGACCUGGGGGACGGGACCCCCCCGGUGAUCAUCAGCCUCAUCAUAACGCGCGAAGACUACAAGAAGCCCUAUUACGGGGGCUACAGGCACAAGGUCACCGGGCUCGAGUACCACCACGCUGCCAGCCAGACUGAGGCCCCGGCGAAGGCGCAGGGUAGCGACCAGAACGCUCCCAACAAGUUUCACCGGGAGACCCAGACGAAGGUGGCGAGCGAGAAGGCAAUGCAGGCGGUGCGGGAGUGCGGGACGCAGAUGGCAAGGGACGACCUGCACUUGGAGGACGGGGGCGACUAUGUGAUCGAACCGAGGGAAUAUCUUGACAGCGAGGAGUGGGAAAGAAGGAGGCUGGAGGCGACAGUUGUCAUCCAGUGCUACACGCGCGGCAUGUUUGCUCGCACGUUGGCUCGCAAGUAUCGCUACGAGUUGGCGUACAACAAGCAGUACAUGCUGGAGCAGCAGGAGAAAGAAAUGAGGGAGAGAGAGGCUAGGAGAGCGCGGGAGGUGGAGAGGAGGAAAAACCCUAAGACAGCCGCGGACUUUGAGAUCUUGUACAAUGAGCUCGAGCAGUGGAGGAUACAGGAGACGCAGAGGAUCGAGGUCAGUGAGAUGAGCAUGGAGGAGAAGCAAAACGCUCGCUACCAGCUGCUCCUCAAGGAAGUGAAACUCGUCCAGACAAUCGACAAGUUGAAAGCGUCGGCUCAGAAGAACCUCAAGUCGGAGGCGAUUAUCAAGGAGCUCGAGUUCAUGAGCAAACCAAAGCUAUGGGAGCUCAGCGAUGGCACAGUGAAGGAAGUCAUUACACCAGAAAACUCAAGGGCCAAAGAGCUAAGCGAAUUGUAUCACGGGCUCAACCUUUCGAAUCUUCGUGUGGACGAGAGGUUGGACGUUCUCCUGCAUGUCAAGUGGACUGUCAAGGAGUUCGAGACGAAACUGGCAAAGGAGCUCAUCGAGCUCAUCGACAGAGAGGCUGAUCUCCUCAACAGAGGGAGGAAGGAGAAGGCGCUAGAGG